AUGGCGGACGGCGCGCUGCCACGCGAGCCCGGGGCCAGCGACACGCCAGACCUUGGCCAGGCCGACACCAUCGACGCCGGCUUCGUGCUCGACAAGCUUCGGACGCGGCACGCGCACGACGCGAUUUACACGCGCUGCGGCUCCGUGCUCAUUGCUGUCAAUCCGUACAAGAGGAUGGGCCUCUUCUCGGAGGCGGUGCUCGCGCAGUACAAGAAUGCCCACUCGCUCCCAGCCGAGCCGCCGCACACCUUUGAGAUUGCGAGUGCGGCGCACCGGGCGAUGAUCCACAACGGGCGCAGCCAGGCCAUCAUUGUGAGCGGCGAGUCGGGGGCCGGGAAGACCGAGUCCGCGCGCCACAUGAUGCUCUACCUCCGAUACGUCAGCAACACCAGCCCGGAGCUCGAGACCCGCCUCUACGGCUCCGACCCCAUCACCGAGGGCUUUGGCUGCGCCAAGACGGUGCGCAACGACAACUCGUCGCGCAUGGGAAAGUUCACGGCGCUCAACUUUGACCCGAGCGCGCGGAUCCAGGGCGCCAGCCUCAACACCUACCUCCUCGAGAAGACCCGCGUCACGCAGUGCGGCCCGGGCGAGCGCUCGUACCACUGCUUCUACGCGCUGUUGCGCGGCGCGUCGCCCGCUCUGCUCAAGCAGCUGCGUCUGCCGUCGGCCGAGCCGAGUGCGUACGCCUAUCUGGCGGGCGGCCACACCGGCGAGUCGGGCGGCGAGCGCACCGACAAGAUGCUGUGGGCGGAGCUCGAGACGGCGCUCGCCGCGCAGGCGUGGGAGGGCGCGGCGCUGCAAGAGCUGUGGCAGCUCAUCGCGGGGGUGCUGCUCCUUGGCAACGUGCGCUUCGACGCGGCCAACACGGACGCGGCGGCCGUCGAGGGUUCGAGCGCGCCCUCCGUCGCGGGCUGCGAGGCGGUGCUCGGCCUGCAGCAGGGCAGCCUCGCAAAGGCGCUGACGAAGCGCAAGCUCAAGGUUGGCGGCGACAUGGUGGAGAAGGACCUGAGCCUCGUCGCGGCGGGCGACAACCGGGACGCCCUCGCCAAGGCCAUCUACUCGAAGCUCUUCGACCGCCUCAUCGUCCAGAUCAACCGCGCGCUCGCCGAGGCGCGCAACAUCUACUCGCCGCGGGCGACCGCCCACGUCAUCGGCAUCGUCGACAUCUUCGGCUUUGAGAUCUUCGAGAAGAACUCGCUGGAGCAGCUGUGCAUCAAUUUUGCGAACGAGAAGCUGCAGGCGCUCUUCACCAAGACCGUCUUCGCCGAGACGAUGCGCGCCUACUCGGAGGAGGGCAUCGACGCCGCCGACAUCUCUUACACCGACAACGGCGCGCUCAUCCAGACGCUCGAGGCGCCAAACACGGGGCUGCUCGCCAUCCUGAGCGAGGAGUGCGUCGUGCCAAAGGGGUCGGACGAGGGCUUCACCGAGAAGGUGAUGGCGCAGCACGGAAAGGGCGGCAUCAUCGUGCGCAUGAAGGGCGUCGGCCCAAAGGACGGCUUCGGCAUCAACCACUUUGCCGGCCUGGUCAACUACGGCACCCGCGCCUGGCUCGACAAGAACAAGGACCCACUCAACGGCGACCUCGUCGUGCUGAUGCAGUUCUCCGACAACGAGCUGCUCAAGGAGCUCUUCACCGAGCCGGCGGACGUGGCGCCCGCGGCGGGCGACCGGAAGAAGUUCAAGUCGACCAAGUUCAAGGGCGUCACCGACACCUUCUCGGCGCAGCUCACGGACCUCGUCGGCACGCUCGACAAGUGCGACCUGCACUUCGUGCGCUGCUUCAAGUCCAACGACCAGAAGAAGCCCGACCUGGUCGAGGACGCCGUCAUCACGCGCCAGCUCAACACGUCUGGCGUGCUCGACGCGCUGCGUGUCGCCCGCACCGGAUUCCCCGACCGCAUGCCCUUUGACGAGUUUUGCGGCAACUUCCUCGUGGUUCCCGGUCUCGGCACCAAGGCGGAGCUCGCGGGCAAGGCGCCCAAGGACCGCGUGCUGGCGCUGCUCCAGAAGCUCGGCGUGCCCGGCCAAAAGUUCCGCUGCGGGAAGGCGCGCGUCUUCUUCGCCUCGGGCAUGCUCGAGGGCCUGCGCACGCGCCGGCUCGAGAUGCAGGCAAAGGUCGCCGUCGCCAUUCAGGCGGCCGGGCGCGGCCACAUCGCCCGCAAGGCGGCGCGUCAGCUGCGGCGUGUGCGCGAGGAGGCGCUGCAGGCGAUGCUGUCCGCUGCGGCGCAGGAGGAUGUCGAGGCGCUCCGGGCGGCCAUUGCGGACGCCCGGGCCGCCGGCGUGCAUCGCUACGCGGCGGGCGAGGCGAGCGUCGCCGGCGCGGAGGAGCGCGUGGCGGCGCUCGUGGCGGAGCUGCGGGCGCGAAGGGAGGCGGAGGGUGCGCUGGAGAAGGCCAUCGGCGCGGCCGAUAUAGCUGAGCUCGAGGUGGCGCUGCAGCGCGCCGCCGGCUGCAAGUCGGACAGGGCGUUGCUGGAGCGCGGGGAGCGGCGGCUCGCGACGCUCAAGGAGGAGGAGAAGCGGCGCAAGGAGGAGGAGGCGAGGCUCGCCGAAAUCAAGCGGAAGAAUGUGGCGGCGGCGGCGGAGGCCGAAAAGAAGGUGGCCGAGGAGCGGCGGAAGCGCGAGGCGGAGAUGGCCUCGCGAGACGCGGCGCUCGUCAAGCAGCAGACGGAGGCCAAGUUGCGGCAGAAGGAGGCGCGCGAGCUGAUCAAGCAGCAGAGCCGGAUACAGGAGGAGGCGGAGACGGCCGACGCCGAGUCCAUCCGCCGCUCAGUAGCGGAGGAGGAGGAGGCGACGCAGCGCGCCAUCGAGGAGGAGGAGGAGCUCGAGGCGGACGGCGUGCGCUUCCGCUCAGGCACCGAGGACGUCCUCGAGUACGCCGUCUAUCUCGGCAUGGAUCUCCGCGAGGACGUCGGGCUGCUGUGGAUCGCGGAUCAGGCGCUGCAGGCGGACGACCCGGAGGGGUGGGACCAGUGCGAGUCGCCCAACGGCGAUCUGUACUACAUGCACGAGGUGACCAAGCAGGUGCUGUGGCAGCACCCGCUCGACUACCAGUACCAGCAGCUCUACCUCGAGGAGAAGAAGAAGGGCCAGGGCAAGCUCGACCGGAGGGGGUCGUCCAACGGGGCGGUCGUGGCACCGCCCAAGCAUGGGGGCAGCCGCGGCAUCGACGCGCCACCCGCGGGCGGCCCGGUCGGCAGCAGCGACGACGCGCUGCGCCGCGUGCUGCAGCAGCUGCUCGGCACGUCGCACACCGAGCUGAAGCGGCUGCUGACCGAGCCCGCCACGUGUCGGGCGCGCAGCUCCCGCCACGCGUAG